CUGGAAAUGGCAAAUAUUUUACUCUAAUAGGACUUUUAAACUUCUUCUACACGGGUCUGAUGCCACUAUGUCUUGCCGGGACAUUCACGCCACAACCGCAUUUGCCUUCGUCAUCGCUUUUCUCUCUGUGGUCGGUCUGGUUAUUGCUACAGUCAUUCCUCAGUGGAGGACAACACGGCUACUGACUUUCAACCUUAAUGCCAAGAACGUCACCGUGUACGAUGGACUGUGGACCAAAUGUGUCCGGCGAGAUGGCUCCACUGGCUGUUACUACUUUGACGCUGAGUGGUAUUCUAAAGUUGACCAACUGGAUGUCAGGCUACUGCAGUUCUGCUUACCAACAGGUCUCUUUUUCGCUGGCCUGGCUCUCUUGAUCAGUCUCAGUGGCAUGUGCAAGACAGCAUGCUGCUCCAAAACUCCAGAUGAUAUAAAGUCCAGCCGCUGCCUUGUAAACAGUUCAGGCUGCCAACUAGUGGCUGGGAUGUUCCUCCUGCUUGGUGGGGUCAUCGCCAUGCCACCAUCCAUCUGGUUCCUCUUUCACACACAGGAGCUUAACUCGCGUUAUGCUAACAUCUUUGCCACAGAGUUUGCUGCCUAUGUGGCUAUUGGGAGUGCCGGUGGUCUUAUGCUGGCAGCCCUGCUGAUGUUCAUGUGGUACUGUAUGUGCAAAAAGCUGCCCUCGCCUUUCUGGCUGCCUCUGACUGAGGUGCCCGACAGUGUUUCUGCUCAGCCGUUGAUGACCAAUGGCCUGCUAUCGCCUGUGACCUACGUGCCUCAGAGCUUUCCCCCUGCUGUUCUAGAUGCACCGGCUUUCGUACCCGUACAAGGCUAUCCACCUCACAUGACAGGCCAGCCUGUACCACCUCAAGUCUAUAUGGCCGGUAUGUCCGUGCCUAAUGGCUAUGGGUCUGAAGCAGGAUUUUCACAGGCUUACGGUUACGCUCCAUCUCAGGGCUAUGCACCCUCUCAAAGUUAUGCCCCCUCGCAGAGUUACGCCCCCUCUGUAAGCAUUGCACCAUCUCAGAGGUACGCUGGACAUCGCUACUCCACACGGUCGCGCCAAUCUGGAGUUGAAAUUGACAUUCCCUUAUAGCAGAGUGACACCAAUAUCAAUUCAUUGUGUGCUUGAUUUCAUCACUUAUAUUAGCUCUUGUUAAUGUCUUUGUUUAUCCAGGCUGUCACAUUGCUCAGUCUCGCAUUGUCUCAACGAUCAUGACAAAAUCAAUAUAAAAAUAAGGGAUGCAAACAUUCAUGCUGACCAAGAUUAUUCCAGUUGUUAGAUCAUGCACUUAUUAUGGGUCUAAAACCUACCUGAAAACACAGGAAGAAAGACAGAAGUACAUUUACAUAAAUAAAACAGAUGCUUUUUAUCUGAAGCCCAACCAUGAUGACUUGUUGAUGGUGGGGUUUAAACCAGGGACCUUCUCAUUACUAGUCCAGUACCUACUAGUACAGUAACUACUGACCUAACACUGUACACCUUGGUUGUUUUUUUGUUGUUUUUUUAAGUUAAAUGGAAAGCAGAAUAGUUUUCUCUGUGGUUGUGGUACAGCUUUUUAGGCAGCUAGAUAUAGAUAUUACACUGAAAACUUAGACAACAUGCUUAACAUGCGUAACCUGCUUGACUUACUGAUACACCUGUAUGUGAAAGUCACAAGACAUAUUGACAACUGUGGAUUUAUCCAAAUAUUUAUCCUACCCCUCUGAAUGGAAUAUAAAAAUAAUACACCAGCAAUGGUGCUUUUAUAAUUAGGCAUUUUAGUACAGCAUGUUGGGUUUGAGAUACAGUAUAUUGUACAUUUAAUUCACAUUCCUUUGCUAGGCAGUGGUUAAACCCAACAUCACGACUGUAAAUAAAAAAAGUACAAGCCAUCAUUCCAAAACGGUGUCCAGACCAUAAGCUUAAACCACUGGCAUUAAUGUUAAGUUGCCCCCUAGCAUAUGACAGUAGCACAAAGCUCAGACUGAGUGAUGCAUUUUCUACACAGAUUUUUACCUUUAAAAUGGCUUUUACUGUAGCAUAAGAAUAGGAAAUGAAGUCAAUGUGAUAAUUUGUAUGGCAAUAGUCAGCUAGCAGUUGUGUCUCCAAUUAAAUAGAACAUUAACUUUAGGUUAUAUUUAGUUACAGUAAAGUGACAGAAUUGGAUGGCUGUAUUUUUGGGACUUCUCUGAUGAGCAGAGGAGAGACAAAGCUUGUUUUCAUUUUUUGUGGUUUACAAAAAACUCUUGUAUUUGCACAGUAAAUGGUCUCAUGCUCAAAUGUUAAAAUAUCUACUGGGAACAAACUUAAACAUUAACGGCAUUUUCUAGGGCACCAAUUCUAUUUAUUUGAUAAAUGUAACAUGUAAAGAAAAUAUUAAAUGUGCUAUAACACUAACCAUAAAUGGCGAUUUUUUUAUGUUAAAUUCAACAAAAACAGUAAUUGUUUGUUCUAUGUGGAUGGAGUAUUGUUCUCACUCACAGGAGGGUGGUAUAUUAAUGCUAAUAGAUAGAACUCAUCUAAGGUUUAUUAUCUCAUAAUAACAUAGCAUUAACACUAUACAUAUUAAAAUUAGACACUACACAAACCGCACAUGAUAAUAGUUUUACUUUUUUAAAUGAUAAUAAAACUGUCAGGGUUUUUAAAACUUGUAUUUCCCCUUUUUUACUUUUUUACUAUGGAAGUUAUCUAAAAGCAACACAUGCAGCCGUUUGGUUUUUGUUUUAAUUGUUGUGCGCUGUGAGUGGAUCAGUUUCCCUGGUUUAUCAGGUGUACAAAUGCAUUGCUUACUAAUUUCUUUUAAUGCUUUAGUCAAAUUCUAAAAAGUAGUCAAAACAUAAAACACAUUUUAUUAACAGUGUGUCCUGCCAAUUUUUAUCUGACUGUUUAAUUACUUUGUUACUUUUUACUCUGUUUGUGAAUAUAGAAGUAUUUAAAGUCUGAACCCUCUAAGCAGUCAGUUGUUUCUGCUUGUUUAUACUGCUUAAUGUUUUUUGUGAAAUGUUUAAUUUUGUUGUUCUUGAAGAAGAGGUAGAGACGCUGAAAGGUCUGUUAAAAAUGUUACAUGGUGCCUUCUCUUGAUGUUUUUACAAAAUGAAAAUGUUAACACUUUUAAAUUACUAAAUAUUUUUAUACUGUUCACUUUGUGUCUUGAAAUUGAUGGAAAAAAAUAAAAUGUUAUUGAAUAUCUGUGCAGGCAUAGAGGGGAUUUGUCAAACUUUAAAUGCAAACAUUAAAGGAUUACAUGAUUAAAGCAGUUUUUGACUUUCUGAAAAUAUGCAAAAGUAAACAUACAGCAACUAAGAUGAGUAAGUUCUAUAAUGAGCAGGAAGUUCUAUGUCAUGUAUCUUUGUUGUAUGGCCUCUUUAUAGUAAACAUGACUGACUACAGCUGAUGACGUCUCUGCUCAUUUACAUAAGCUAGUUUCAUUUAUAAUAGUUCAGCGUUUAAUGUAAAUGUUUAAGAAAAGAAAUGUGGUGUAAUAAAAGUGAAUGUUUUUGUAUUUGCAGAGUUAAUCGUCUUAGAUUUUAUUAGAUAAAUUGAGUCUUUUUCUGAGUCAGCAUGUUUUUUUUUUUACCAUUUACUCAUUAAGCCAAAGCUAUAGAUAACAUUUACUUAUGACUAAAU